AGCUAAAACCAGGCAGCUCAGGAAGCAUUGGGAAGAAAUUCAACAGGGAAAACUAAAAGUGCAUUUUUUUCCUAAACUGAGGAGGGACUGCAGGUGUGACAAUGAGGCUCUGCGUUGACUGUCUGGCCUCCUUUUGACCGAGGUUGAGCACAUGCGAGCAGAGUUUGCUUGUGAGGAAGUAGCAACGUAAGGCAAAGGACUAAUGGAGGGAGACGAGAGGGCCGGUGGAGUCAAAGUGAGGCCGGGGCGUUUGACUGCCCUGCAGGAGCAGCUGAUCUGGGCCCUGCUGGAAUCCGGACUUUCCAGAGACAUCCUGGUCCAAGCUGUGGGGGAAAUGGAAAAAAACAGAGCGAGUGUUGGUGCAGAGAGAGGAGAAAGAGGAGAUGGAGAGAGUUCUGAGGAGGGGGAAACCGAUUUCCCACCUCCUAUAUUCCGUGAGAUAGAGAAGCUUCCUGCGGAUGAAGUGUCAAAGCUGAGGACUGAAGUCGACCAGUUACUGCAGGAGGAGCCCUGGCACGUUGCAAAAAUGGUGAAAAGCUACAUGCAGCAGCACAACUUACCUCAGAGAGAAGUGGUGGAGUCGACAGGGCUCAACCAGUCCCACUUGUCCCAGCAUCUCAACAAAGGCACACCUAUGAAGAACCAAAAGAGAGCUGCUCUGUACAGCUGGUAUGUCAAGAAGCAGUACGAGAUCAGCCAGCAGUUUACCAAUGCCAAACAUGGCCUUACAAUGGUAGAGGAGCAGGGAGACGAGAGCAAGAAGGGACGGAGGAACCGGUUCAAGUGGGGUCCUGCAUCUCUGCAGAUCCUGUUUCAGGCUUACGAGCGACAGAAGAACCCCAGCAAAGAGGAAAGAGAGGGGCUGGUAGAGGAGUGCAACAGGGCAGAGUGUCUCCAAAGGGGCGUGUCUCCCUCUCAGCUUGCUGGCCUGGGCUCAAACCUGGUUACCGAAGUCCGAGUCUACAAUUGGUUUGCCAACCGCCGUAAAGAAGACGCUUUCAAACACAGGCUGUCCCUCGACACACCUUACGCCAACCAAUCAGCUUCCUCUAACACCGCCCUUUCUGCAAGUCCCGAGCAUGGUGUGAAGUUCACCCAACAGAUGUCAGGUGACACAGUGAGUUCAGCUAGAGGCAAUGGAGGGGAGAGGGCAGGGCGCCUCAUGGUCAGUCCCAUCCAGCUGGAGCCCAGCCACACACUCCUUGAGAGCCAUAACCCCAAGCUGGUGUCCAGUAGUGGCCCGCUGCCUCCAGUAAGCACCCUGACCUCUCUGCACAGCCUCUCUGCCUCUCCUGCUUCCUCCCAGAGCCUCAUCAUGGCUUCUGUGCCUGGCGUCAUGAGCCUGGGGGAGUCCUCUCUUCUCAUUGGUUUGGCCUCCACACAGCCUCAAACUGUGCCCGUUAUCAACAACAUGGGGGGUGGGUUCACGACCUUGCAACCAAUCUCCUUCCAGCAGCAGCUUCAUGCAUCUCACCAACAGCCCAUAUCACAGCAGCUCCAGGGUCACAUGGCUGCCAGUCCAUUGAUGGCUACCAUGGCUCAGCUGCCAUACCACAUGUACAAGUCAGACUCACCCCCAUAUCACUCAUCCAGUUUGCUGUCACAGGCCAUGGUCAUUGCUGACAGCAGCGGUCUAGGGACUCUGACGAGCCUCGCCGCAGUCAGACAGAUUCUCACGACUGACCCAGAAGAACAGACAGACCCGCCUCUACAGGAAGACUCUAUGCAUCUGCAGCCGCACACACCUGUGCCAGCGUCUUCUGAAAGUCUGGAGCUUUAUUCUUCCUCUCAGACCACGGAGCGUCAUCAGUCUCUCCUCCUCUCACCAUCACAGACAGACAUCAGCUCCUAUAUGCCUACACAAAUGGUGUCCACAGCACAGUAAAACCUCGCUGCUGAUGUGAGGUUUUCUUCCUUUCUGCCGGAAAUUUCCAAAGAAACCUGGGGACGGGGGACGCCAUAGAGAUCACACCUGAGACUGACUGACUCAUUCUUUAUUAGAACAUGCUCUAGAGGAUAUUCAUCUUUGAAACAACAGACAAUCAAGUCAUGAUCAACACUGAAAUGUACUUUUUUAUUCAAAUGUUUUGUAAUAUUAAAACAAAAAGUAAAUUAAGUAAAACCUGA